UAUUUUUAACCACUUUAACCAGUCACGGCCAAGCACCGACGCGGGUCGGUCGAUUUCAUAUCAAAUUAAUGAUAACAAAUAAAAUCGAAGUAAACAAAACAGUGCAAAAGUAGUAGUGAACAUCGUUCCACAAUUACAUAAAAAGACAAAAUGGUGCCAGAUCCGGAUAAGCGACAAGUCAGCUUUCCCAAAUUAAAAUAUCCGUUGUUCCGAGAUGUUUUACCCAAAAGUCCUCAGCAAUGGAUAACGGCAAAACAAAUUCAAGAUGGCGCCGAAGGACUUUGGCGGAUUCAUGAUGACAUUUACGAUUUGACAGAUUUUAUUAACUCUCAUCCUGGUGGCUCACAAUGGCUGGAAUUCACAAAGGGAACGGAUAUUACGGAAGCCUUUGAAACACACCACAUAAAUAGCGGAGUAGCUGAAGCUUUGUUGCCAAAAUAUUUUAUUAAGAAAGCAAGCAAACCACGGAAUUCACCAUUUACUUUCAAAGAAGAUGGAUUUUAUAAGACUUUGAAAAUGAAAGUAGCUAAUGAGCUAAAAACCUUGCCAAAGGGCAUUAGGAAGAAAAGUGAUAAUGUUACUGAUUUGCUUUUAAUAUGUUUUUUGAUUUCGAGUCCACUUAGUUGCUUGCUUUGGACAAAGAGUUUAAUAUACGGAGCUGCUUUUACACUGAUUGUUGGCGUAUUAUUGAGUGCCCUCACCAUUUCCGCCCACAACUAUUUCCACAGAGCGGAUAGUUGGCGAAUGUAUCUGUACAACAUUAGUGGACUUUCAUACGCUGAGUGGCGGGUAUCGCACGCGAUUUCGCAUCAUCUCCAUACGAACACCGCUAAUGACAUUGAAUUGAGCAUGUUAGAGCCAUUUUUACAGUACUUACCACGGCCAGACAAACCUAUAAUUGCACAGAUGGGAGCAUUUUUUUAUCCUGUUAUAUUUUUGUUUACCUCUUUAGGAUGUAUGGUAAAAGAGAUAUCAUGUGGAGUGCUAAGUAUUGAAGGUAAAAAAUUAUCAUGGGAAAAUGUGAUACCAUUUGUUAUACCGGUAUGGAUGUGGUGGAUCAGUGGACUAUACCUACCCUGGACUAUUAUCGUUUGGCUAGCGACCAUCAUGACGUCCAGUCUGAUCUUUAUGAUCUCUGGACUAACUGCUGGACAUCAUGCCCAUACUAACUUCUUCGAAGGAGAUGUGCCUAGGGAGGAGUUUAUUGAUUGGGGCAUUCAUCAACUGGAUACGGUAGUUGAGAGGGUCGACUUUGCGGGCGACCACUUUAAAGUACUCACUCGCUUUGGCGAUCACGGGCUACAUCACCUAUUUCCAACACUCGACCACGCGGAACUGAAAUAUCUAUACCCAACUGUAUUGAAACAUUGCGAGAAAUUCGAAACUCAACUUCGUAUGACAACGUUCUAUAAUGCCUUAAUAAGUCACAGCAAGCAAUUAAUCAGAAAGAGACCGAUAAACUUUAGAGAAAAAAAACAGAAAAUAUAAAUGGUGAUAUUCAUUAUAUUUAACGACUUCAUGAAGAAAUCCUCAUUAAUGUCAAAUUAUUUUUAUAUGGUUUAAUGAUUUUAUGUUUCAAACUUAAAAUUGUGACCGGUCUACACAAGGUUAGCUAUUAUUUAAAGGAACAGCGUACGUAAUAGCUUUUACAAGAUGUUCCUAGUGAACGUACAAAGUAAAAAAAAAAAACAUUUAAACAAUACCAACUAUAAAAU